UGCCCUGGGAGGAAUGUAGGCUUGCUGCAAUAGAUAACAUUAUUUCCUGUUGUACAGGUGAGGAUCCUGUGGAAAUGAAGCAGGACCAAGUGCUGGGCUGGCACUGUGCCGUGCUAGUUCCUGGUCUGGUAGGAGCAUUGAGGGGAGCAGAAGCAAGACCUCCACAAUGACUGUGUCCAGACACUGGUUGGUUUUCAUUGCCCUCAGAAUCUCAUCCUGCAUCACCCUUGGACUGUUCAUGAGAGUGAAGUCUUUAGCCCAGGCUGGCCUCAGCCCAAGCUGAGCAUGUACCCCAGGAACAGCAGCCACGCUCAGCCUUUCCUGCUGUCAGGCCUUCCCGGGAUGGCUCAGUUCCACCACUGGGUGUUCCUCCCUUUUGGUCUCAUGUAUCUGGUUGCAGUGCUGGGAAAUGGCACCAUCCUGCUGGUUGUCAGUGUGCAUCGCCAGCUCCACCAGCCCAUGUACUACUUCCUUUUGAUGCUGGCCACCACCGACCUGGGCCUGACUCUGUCCACCCUGCCCACCGUGCUGCGCGUCUUCUGGUUGGGUGCCAUGGAAAUCAGCUUCCCUUCCUGCCUCAUCCAGAUGUUCUGCAUCCACGUCUUCUCCUUCAUGGAGUCCUCGGUGCUCCUGGCCAUGGCCUUUGAUCGCUACGUGGCCAUCUGCUGCCCGCUCAGGUACUCCUCCAUCCUCACUGGUGCCAGGGUAGCUCAGAUUGGACUGGGGAUCAUCUGCCGAUGCACUCUGUCUCUUCUCCCAUUAAUCUGCCUCCUGACGCGGCUGCCUUUCUGUGGGUCGCAUGUGCUUUCUCACCCCUACUGUCUGCACCAGGAUGUUAUACGGCUGGCGUGCAGAGAUGCUACCCUGAACAGCCAUUAUGGCUUAACCUUGGUGCUGGUUGCAAUCCUGGACUUUGCUCUCAUUGUGUUGUCCUACGUGGUGAUAUUUAGGACUGUGCUAGGCAUCACCUCCAGGGAGGAGCAGGCCAAAGCCCUCAACACUUGUGUCUCUCACUUAUGUGCUGUCCUCAUCUUCUAUAUCCCUUUGGCUGGGCUGUCCAUUAUACACCGGUACAGAAGGAAUGCUCCACCUAUUAGCCAUGCUGUCCUGGCCAAUGUCUACUUCUUUGUCCCACCUAUACUGAACCCAGUCCUCUACAGCAUGAAAAGCAAGGCCAUUUGCAAAGGCAUCCUGGGGCUCCUGUGUCAGAGAGCAGCCUGGCCUGGCCAUGCCCAGAACUUUUAGAAUCAUAGAAUGGGUUGAGUUGGAAGGAACCCUUAAAGGU